AUGUCUUUUUUCCCUAAAGUAGCCUUGAGGCCUGAGGUUGAAAACUGUCUUAAAGAGGGCUUUCUGAAUAAGGAGGUUGUAUUGGCUUUCGGUAAACAAGAAGCAGAAAGGAAGUUUGAAACUCUGUUAAAUCACCUGUCACACCCUCCAUCAUUCACAACUGUCCGAGUAAAUACACAUCUAGCCUCAUUGCAACAUGUGAAAAGUCUGUUAUUUGAUGAACUUCACAAGCAGUUUAAUGGAUUAUCUCUUCCUAUUCUUCAACAUCCAGACCUUCAGGAUGUCUUACUUAUUCCUGUUAUUGGACCUAGGAAGGACAUAGUAAAACAACAAUGUGAAGCCAUUGUUGGAGCCCAAUGUGGUAAUGCUGUAUUAAGAGGAGCCCAUGUCUAUGUUCCAGGAAUUGUGUCAGCUUCAAAAUUUAUGAAAGCUGGAGAUGUUGUUUCUGUAUACUCUGAUAUUAAAGGCAAAUGUAAGAAAGGAGCCAAGGAAUUUGACGGAGUAAAAGUAUUUCUUGGAAAUGGGAUUUCUGAAUUAAGCCGCAGAGGAAUCUUCAAUGGGCUACCUCAACAGAAAGGUAUAGGCAUCAGAAUGACAGAACCAGUGUAUCUCAGCCCUUCAUUUGACAAUGUACUGCCCAGCUACUUAUUUUUACAGAAUUUACCAUCUACUGUUGUAACUCAUGUUCUGGAUCCUCAACCUGGAGAGAAGAUUCUAGAUUUGUGUGCAGCACCUGGAGGCAAAACAACACACAUUGCAGCAUUAAUGCAUGAUCAGGGAGAAGUAAUAGCCUUGGAUAAACUACCCAACAAAGUUAAAAAAAUAAAGCAGAAUGCUUUAUUAUUAGGGCUGCAUUCCAUUAGGGCCUUUUGCUUUGAUGGAACAAAGGCGCUUAAACUCGAUAUGGUUAAGGACACCGAAGGAGAGCCCCCAUUCUUACCAGAAUCUUUUGAUCGAAUUCUUCUUGAUGCACCCUGCAGUGGACUGGGGCAGAGACCAAACAUGGCUUGUUCUUGGACUUUGAAGGAGGUGACAUCAUAUCAACCCUUGCAGCGAAAACUCUUUACUGUGGCAGUGAAGCUGCUGAGGCCAGGGGGAGUGCUUGUUUAUAGCACCUGCACCAUUACGCUGGCAGAGAAUGAGGAACAAGUGGCCUGGGCCCUCACAGCAUUUCCUUGCCUUCAGCUUCAGCCCCAGGAACCACACAUUGGAGGACAAGGAAUGCUGGGAGCUGGCUUGUCGUUUGAACAAUUGAAACAGCUGCAACGAUUUGAUCCAUCUGUUGUGCCAUUACAGGACAUGGACAUUGAUUCUCUCAAAGAAGCCAGAGUAGAAGACAUGAUUUGGCUGGCAAAUAAGGAUUGUAUAGGUUUUUUCAUUGCAAAAUUUAUAAAAUGCAAAAGUAUGGAGGAGAAGGAUCUUUAG